CAUUACCCAGGGCCGCGGUCACGUGAUCGUGUUUCCAAAAUGGCCGCGUUGUUGUUUUGAUGAAUAAUACUUUGUGUUGGCCUCAUCCUUCAUGGUUUCACGUUAGGAACAGCACAGUUGGCACACGCGCAGCUCGAACGGCGAGAAAAGAUUGACGGGAUCCGGUCGAAGACUAUGAGCUUGGGGCCGCGGUGAGUCCGGCGGAGAGAAGGGUAGCUAGCAGAGUAGAGAGUGCGGCACGACGACGAGAGAGAGUGAAAUCGAAAACACGACGGGGAGGAGAUGGAGGAGCUGAGUGCCGAUGAGAUCCGGAGGAGGCGCCUAGCCCGACUGGCAGGCGGACAGACAUCACAACCCACCACACCCCUCAGCACCCCCUUGACAUCACCACAGAGGGAGACUCCCCCUGGUCCCCUGCAGGCCUCGGCACCUGGCCUGGGGCUGAACGUCCACGCCAUGACCUCGGCCACAUCCCCCAUUGGAGCCACAGGAGUGGCCUUCCGUAGCCAGAGCAGCGAGGGUGUCAGCUCCUUGUCCAGCUCGCCAUCCAACAGCUUGGACACACAAUCGCAGACUCUGUCCCGCUCCCAGAGCAUGGACAUUGACACAGUAGCCUGUGAGAAGAGCAUGUCGCUGGUGGAUGUGGACUCAGGCAUAGAGAACAUGGAAGUGGAGGAGAGCGAUCGCAGAGAGAAGAGGAGCCUCUCUGACAAGGACUCAUCCCCCAGCCCUGAUGUGACCGAGGAGCAGGCACUGCAGCUUGUCUGUAAGAUUCUGCGCGUGUCCUGGAAGGAGCGCAGCCGUGAUGUAAUCUUCCUUCCCUCCCUUGCCACAGAGUUCCACCAAAGCCCAAGGCAGGUGUUUUCUGAUAUAAAGGACCUAAUUGGGCAGAUUCUGAUGGAAGUUCUCAUGAUGUCCUCCCAGUGUCGGGAAAACAACCCCUUUGCCAGUUUGACAGCCACGUCCUUGCCCAUCGUCGCAGCCAGGUCCCCAGAUCGGCAUCUGUCCUUGGUCCCCCCCUCAGGCCAGGCGUGUAAUCCCAUGCUCGGCCCUGUCGGCUCCUUUGGGUCUAGUUCGCCUUGCAGUCUGGGCAACUCAGGAGGUGGUGUGGCCUCUGACUCAACCAGUGACCGCUUCACCAUCGAAGCCUGUAAGGAGACAGAGAUGCUGAACUACCUCAUUGAACGCUUUGACAGUGUGGGCAUGGAGGAGAGGAAAGCUCCUAAGGUGUGCAGCCAGCCACUUGUCAGCCAGCUGCUUAGCAACAUUCGUUCUCAGUGCAUCUCCCACGCUGUGCUGGUACUGCAGGGUGCCCUCACUCAGCCGAGGUCUCUGCUGCAGCAUUCUCUUCUGGUUCCCUACAUGCUGUGCCGAAAUCUUCCAUAUGGUUUUAUCCAAGAGCUGGUCCGUAUGACUCAUCAGGAGGAUGAGGUGUUCAAGCAGAUUUUCAUUCCUAUCCUCCAGGGACUGGCCCAGGCUGUGAAGGAGUGCUCCUUCAAUAGUGACAGUUUUAAAUAUCCCUUGAUGGCUUUAACGGAGCUGUGUGAAAUCAAGUAUGGGAAAACCCAUCCAGUUUGCAAUCUGAUGAUGUCCAUGCCCCUGUGGUGCCCGGAGCCCCUUAGUACUGCCACUGGCAGAGAGGUGCAGAGACUGUCCUACCUGGGGUCCUUUUUCAGCCUGUCUGUCUUCGCUGAGGAUGAUACCAAAGUGGGAGACAAGUACUUCUCAGGACCUACGAUCACCUUGGAGAACACACGAGUGGUUAGCCAGUCUCUACAGCACUACCUGGAGUCAGCACGGGGGGAUCUCUUUAAGAUCCUUCACAGUGUUUUACUUAAUGGAGAGACUCGAGAAGCAGCCCUCAACUACAUGGCGGCAGUGGUCAAUCGUAAUGUCAGAAAAGCUCAGAUGCAGACAGAUGACAAGCUUGUGUCCACAGAUGGCUUCAUGUUGAACUUCUUGUGGGUGCUACAGCAACUGAGCAUGAAGAUUAAGCUGGAAACAGUCGACCCAAAUUACAUCUUCCACCCGCGGUGUCGACUGAGCAUACCUGUAGAGGAGACACGAUUGAAGGCCUCCAUGGAAGAGCUGAAGACCUGGCUUGCUGACUUUCAUGACGACCCAUCAAAGUUCUCCGAGCCAAAAUUCCCUACUGAGUGCUUCUUCCUGACACUGCACGCGCAUCACUUGUCCAUCCUGCCUUGCUGUCGGCGCUACAUUCGCCGACUGCGAGCAAUCCGAGAGUUGAACAGAACUGUGGAGGAACUGAAGAACAGUGAGAAUCAGUGGAAGGAUUCUCCACUUGCCCCCAGACACAGGGAAAUGCUGAAGAGGUGCAAGGCCCAGCUCAAGAAAUUGGUGCGAUGCAAGGCCUGUGCAGAUGUGGGUUUACUGGAUGAGAACCUCCUCCGUCGAUGCCUGCAGUUCUACAGUAUGGUCAUCCAGCUGGUCCUCCGCAUUGUUGACCCUGCCUACCCAGACAUCAACCUGCCACUGAACCCAGAAGUCCCCCGUGGCUUCGCAGCACUGCCAGAGUUCUACGUUGAGGAUGUGGCUGAGUUCAUACUCUUUAUUGUGCAGUACUUCCCGCAAGUUCUCUACGAACCUUGCACCCAAGACGUGGUGACUUUUCUGGUGGUAUUCAUCUGCAGCGAAAAUUAUAUCCGCAAUCCCUACCUGAUUGCCAAGUUGGUGGAGGUGCUGUUUGUCACCAACCCUGCUGUGCAGCCCCGCACCCAUCGCUUCUCCGAGAUGAUGGAGAACCACCCCCUGGCUGUGAAGCAGCUUGUUCCUGCCCUCAUGAAGUUCUACACUGAUGUGGAGCACACAGGUGCCACCAGCGAGUUCUAUGACAAAUUCACCAUUCGCUACCACAUCAGCACAAUCUUCAAGAGUCUGUGGCAGAAUAUAGGACACCAUGGAACCUUCCUGAAAGAGUUCAACUCAGGGAAGCAGUUUGUGCGCUACAUCAACAUGCUGAUCAAUGACACCACUUUCCUACUGGAUGAAAGCCUGGAGUCUCUCAAGCGCAUCCAUGAGGUGCAGGAAGAAAUGAAGAGCAAGGAUCAGUGGGAUCAGAUGUCCAGGGAGCAGCAGCAGAGCAGGCAGUCGCAGCUUGCACAGGACGAGCGGGUAUCUCGCUCCUACUUGGCACUGGCCACUGAGACCGUGGACAUGUUUCACCUGUUGACCAAGCAGGUCCAGAAGCCGUUCCUACGGCCUGAGCUGGGUCCCCGAUUGGCUGCUAUGCUGAACUUUAAUCUCCAGCAGCUGUGUGGUCCUAAGUGCAGGGAUCUGAAAGUGGAGAACCCAGAGAAGUAUGGCUUUGAGCCCAAGAAGCUGCUGGAUCAGCUGACUGAUAUUUACUUACAGCUGGACUGUGCCCGAUUUGCCAAGGCUAUUGCUGAUGACCAGCGGUCAUACAGCCGGGAACUCUUUGAAGAGGUCAUCUCGAAGAUGAGGAAAGCUGGCAUCAAAUCAACGAUCGCAAUAGAGAAGUUCAAGUUGCUUUCAGAGAAGGUGGAAGAAAUUGUAGCCCGAAAUUCCCAGUCAGAAAUUGACUACAGUGAUGCACCUGAUGAGUUUAAAGAUCCGCUGAUGGACACUCUCAUGAGUGACCCUGUGAAGCUGCCCUCAGGGAACAUCAUGGACCGAGCCGUGAUCCUGAGACACUUACUUAACUCCCCAACAGACCCCUUCAAUAGGCAACCGCUGACUGAGAGCAUGCUGGAGUCAGUGCCAGCACUGAAGGAUCGUAUCCAGGCGUGGAUGAAAGAGAAGCAAGGAGGACGCAACUCCUAGUCAUCCCUACGUUGGCCCCCAGGGUCCAGGGGCCCCAGCAACAACCAUGGGGGACCAAAGACCCAGGGAAUAGUUCUUUUCAGUUCACAUUUCAUUGGCUGGUUGUAAAGGGCAGAAGGCAGUCUGCUCCAAGCAUAUUGAAGAGAAUAAAGAAUAGACUUUUAAAGGAGUUUGGUCAUGACUGUUAUAUACUAUAUGAACAAACAGCUGGGCAUUUGACGUAGGCAGUUUCCAGAAAGUGACAGGAAUAACGUAUUUAUCAAGUGAGCAGUUGACUGCAGUGGAGCUGGACACCUUCAGAGGUUGUGUCUGCAGGGAGCUCUUGUACAGUCGCUGUAGCCUUCAUAAUGUUUUCUUGUAAUGCGUACAUCAGUCAUCUUCCAUUUUUCCUUUUCACUCUCUGGAGUUCGGCAACAAGUCACGAGGGAAGCUGUUUUUUUUUUUGUUUUGUUUUUAGUUCUCAUGAAGCCAAAGUGAACAGAAACGUCCUCCUGUUGUAAGUAGGUAAAUUUUAAAAGUAUUUUUGUUUAAAUAGCGCUGUCUUUUUGAGAUAGCACCAGAAACGGGCUGUAAGUCUAGGUGGGACCACAUGUUCACUGAAGUGGCUCCUCUGUAAGGAAAACACGAAAGCACUUGCAUCAUAAAAUCACUUUGCUGUCAGUGCUUUUUUACGUCAGACUUUAAAAUUCUGCAUUAUUUUUCUUCCUGCAUUAUUUUUGUUUCUUUUGAUGUCAGAAUAAAGGUUAUUUUGCUCAAACAAAAAAAAAGAGCUUUAUCGGCACCUAAGAACUGGCACUGUUCACAACGCUGACACGGUAACUGUCAACUUUUGAGUAAAACUUGGGCUGCCACUGAUGUCACCAUAACUGGGAUUAUGGUUAAAAGUUAAUGAAUGUGAUAGAAAUAUUAAGGACUGCCUCCCAUCUUAAAGUGGUGAAACUGGAGUGUCUGCAAGACAUUUGUCCCAAUCUGCUUAAAAAAAAAAAAGCAGUGCUGUGUGCUAUGAUGACAUCAUUUGAGUUUGAUGGACAUAACGUGUACGUUAUGUUGUAACACAGUGGGGAAAUCUGUGGCCUUUAUAAAUGUCUGUCAAA